AUGAACAAGUACUCAGAUUUCACAGACUUGAAUAUUGGAUCUUCCAACCUCACACUCAUCGUUCGGGGCACAUUAAUCGAGAGCAACAUGCAUUCCUCAAUAGCGGAGAAGCACAAAAAGGUUAUGGAAGGCCAAAUAUAUGAGGUUUCACAAUUCCAAGUUCGUCAGAACAAUCGGAGGUAUAAACUCACCCCUCACAAAUACAUCAUUCAAGUGACAAGAGAAACUACAAUUGUCGUCGUGGACAAGAAAAUGCCUCAGAUACCUAUCAACAAUUUCUGGAUCAAAAAAUAUAAAGAGCUGCUACUGUUAACAGGCACAAAAUCAGAGUUACCAGAUGUGAUUGGCAAGAUCCGUAUUAUACAAGGAACAGAUCUUAGAAAUUCCCAGUACAACACCAAAAUUUUGGUAGGCUUACAGCUUAGCAGGAACACCAUUGUGCGGCUUAUUAUAUGGGACGACCAAGCAUCCAAAUUCCGUGAGACGUUGGGCAUCAAAGACCGUAAACAUUCAACCAUGCUGGUCACAAGCGUGAACCCAAACAAAUACCAAGCUACCUCCGUCCUUUUCGACCCAGAUGUUAUCAAGCUUCUCGGACGAAGUGCCAAUGAUGUUUUGAAUGAGAACAUUCAGGUUGGAGGUGACGCGACCAACACCAACAUACCAGAAUGUCUGAAAAAAAUAAUUGGCCGGACUUGCAAAUUCCAGAUCAAGAUCACAUCCUUCAACUUUGAAACUUCUCGACAAACUAUUACAGUCUCACGCAUAGUAGAGGACAACGUUGAUCUGAAAACCAAACCAGUUGAGGAUAACUUGAACAGAGACAAUGAUGAGGGAAAGAUUGAGGCCACAAGUCCGGACGACCAGGUGGUGUUCAAUGGUGAAAUUAAAAACAAGCGCCCACGUCACUAA